AUGGAUUGCGGCGUAGCGGGGGCCUUUCCGGCCCGGACCCCACAUGGGGCUCAUCCAGCGCCCCGAGGACACGCCCCACAUGGGGCGCUCUCACCCACCGAACGCUCGCCCGCCAAGGCGGGACUACAUGUUAAUUUUAGUGAUAAAGGCGAGGUGAAGGAGCGUCGCGAGAAGUUCCUUACAGCGAAAUAUGGCAGCCACCAGAUGGCUCUGAUCCGCAAACGGCUCGCCGUCGAAAUGUGGCUGUACGACGAGCUCCAGAAGUUGUAUGAGGCACCUGCUCCGAGUGAGAGCGGCGCGGCGUCUCAAGAAGUCGAUGUAGAUAUUGAUGAGUUACUGGAUAUGGACAGUGACGAACAACGUUGGAGACAUCUCACGGUGCUGUUAGCCGAUGCAAAAAAACCUCAGAAAGAUGUACAUAGAUUUAUAAACGAUCUUUUAGAAAAAGCAAAGACGUUGUAA